CAUCAAAAAAAUCAAACCACUAAAUAAACCAAAAACAAACAUCAUAUAUUCGUAUUUCUAUGGGAAUUCACAUGAAUGUUUGAAUUUCAGUGUGAUUUUCAGUGAUUUCUACUUAUAAUCAUCGCCAUAAUGAUUACUUAAUAAAUAUUAACGAAACUGAUGGACAAUAUUGAAUGAAUGAAUGAAAAACAUUGAAAUUCUUUUAUUUGAAACUAAUAAACUUUAAAUGAAAUGACUACCAAUAUAUUUACAUCAAUGCCAAUGGCUAAUCAAUCGAUUAUACCAUCAAAUGGUAACAAUCUACAUAAUCAUGUCAAUCAAUAUCACCACCACCACCACCACCAACUAAAUCAUCGAUUAAUAUCAUCAUCGGAUCAAUCUGUAACAACACCAACAUUAAAUUCUCCAACAUUAAACACUGCGUUUCCUUUUCCACCACCACCACCUCCACCUUCUCCUGGUUAUCUUUCUGCAAUGAAUCCACAUAAUCAUCCGCAUUCGCAUUCGCAUCAUCAAUUAUCGUGGAUUACCAAUCAAACAAGUGAUUCGAAAAUCCUAAAUCAACGUAAAAGCGAUAAUAAUAAUAAUGAAUUACCGCAUUCACCGCAUUUAAUCGGAAGCGGUAAAAAUAUUACCGCAAAAUAUUCAGAUUAUUUAAUGGAAAAUUUGAAUUUAAAAACCAAGACAACAACCACCACCAGCAGCAGCAGCAGCAAUAGUACUGCAGAACAAUUAAAAUCAGCAUUCAAAUCGAUAACAGAUUCUACUACUAACAAUAAUAAGGAAAAAUUGUUACAUUUUUCAUCAUCAUUAUCAUCGCCCGGGAAACAGACAAUCAACAAUCGUUCACCAUUAUCAUCACCAACAACAACAACAACAAUACAAAAAUGUACAAACAAUACGGUUAUGCAAUCGAAUCCGGAUCUUACAUGGUCGAAUUCUUCAUCAUCAUCAUUAUCACCAUUAUCCAAUAACGCUUUUAUAUUACCAACAACAACAAAUUCUUCCACCAUCAACAACAACAGUCCAUUAUCAUCAUAUCCACCACCACCACCAUCACAAUCGGGUCAUUUAAGGCCAAAUCCAACAUCACCAUCAGCAUUUUCAUCAACAACAACAACAUAUCCAUCACAUUAUCUAAUGCCAUCGAUUUAUUCUUAUUAUCAACAACAAGCGGUAGUUGCAGCAGCAGCAGCCGCUGCUGCAUCACCGACAAAUCAACAGCAACCACCUAUUUCACCAUUUAUUGUGCCAAAUCCAAUUCAUAAUCACCAUCAACAUCAUCAGCAUCAACAAUCGUCGCCAUCAACGCCAACAACAGCAAAUCCAUCGUCGAUAUUUUUUCAUGAAUCAAUUUUUCCAAAUGAUCAUCAGCAUCAGCAUUUACAAUAUCAACAACAACAACAACAACAAUCGACGACAACAACAACAUUGAAUAGUCCAACAAUAAAAGAGAAUCAACCAACGAAAAUCAACAACAACAACAACAACAAUCAAAUUAUUGAUCUCACUGCAAAUCGUUUGAAAUGUGAUAAUUUACUACUGCCACCUGAAAAUGAUAAAUCCAGUAAUAAUAAUAAUAAUCCCAGUGAUGGACAACAGCAACAACAGCAAACAAGUCUUAAGAGAAAAAUUUUGGAUGGAUCGGAUAAGACUAAACAACAACAACAACAACAACAACAAUCGAUAAUCGAUAAUCAAUCGAGCAAUAAUUCCUCAUCAUCAUCAUCAACGACAUCAUUACGUAAACAACGAUUAUUAUUAAAACCACCAAAUAUUAAUAUUAUUAAUAAAAGCCAAAGCGAUAAUGGUUUAAAUGUUGUUAAUAGCAAUGCAUUUAGCAGACAACAUAGUGCAUUUUUACCAUCACCAUUAUUAUAUUCAUCAUCAUCAAGUCGUCAUCAACUGCCACCAACAACAUCGUCGACUACAUCAUCACCAUUACCAUAUACAAACAAUAAUGGAUUAAUGGAUUUAAAAUAUUUUGAUCAUCAUCAUAAUCAUCAUCAUCAUCAAAUACCAUUAUCAGCACCACCAAUUCCAAAUCAAUCAUCAAAUCAUAAUCAUCAUUCGUCGAUGGAAAAAUGUUUUGAAUUUCCCGCCAAUAUUACCAGUGGUAGUGGUAACAGUGGAAGUAGUUGUCAGAAUCAAACUUCAAAAUCAAAUAAAUUAAAAACGACAAAAUUUUCAACAAAAUCAACGUCAUCGUCGACAAAUUCUUUAUUGUUAAAAGAAACUGCGGAUAAAAAGAAACUACAGAAUCAAGAAUUUUUACAACCACAACAAACAAAGAAAUCUUCCGCAACAACAACGAAUUUAUUCCCGGAAUAUUUUCGUAAAGGAUCAACAAUAAAAUUAGGUGAUGGAAAUUUGAAAAAAAUUGAACAAUUAUCAACCAAUGAUUUUAUUGAAAGUGCAACAUUUAAUGAAAAAUUUUGUAUUGAAUUGGCUGAAAUCGUAGCUAUAAAGGAAAAAUCAUCGAAUAGUGUUAAUAAAAAGAACAACCAUUCAGAACAACAACAACAACAACAAAUACGAAUAAAUUUUCUAAUAGGACAAACACGUAUAAAAGUAUCGUUGGAUUCACCAAUCGAUCAUCCAUAUUUUGUUUAUCAAGAAGGAUGGAGUUCAUAUUCCCCCCGGAAUACAUUAAAACAUUAUGGAUUAAAUUGUCGUCGUUUGAUUGUUGGUGAUAUUGUUGUUACGUUGACAAGUAAACAAACAGGAAUGUCCACUACUAGUAAAUCAUCAUCACGAUCAUCAUCGAUUGUUUCAAGUUUAAGUUCAUCGUCCAGUUCUUCAUCAUCGACAUCAUCAAUGACAAAUAUUUGCUCAAAACCGUUCAAUAUGACAACGACAAGCCGAUGCCCUCCACCUGCACAUUUACCCAAUUUAAAACAACCCCAGCAACAACAGAAUUCCAUUAGCGCAUUGAACUUGAUUGAAAAUACGAAUCAACAACAACGACGACGACAAAAAAAUCAACAAGAAUUGAAUUUAAUCAAUAAUAAAGAAAUUCUUAUGGAUAAAAAAAUCUUAUCAUCAUCAUCGACAUCAGCCACGAAUAUCGAUGAUGAUGUCGAGAUUGAUGUUGAAAAUAUUGAUGAUAAUGAUUGAACCAUCAGUGCCAUCGUUGUUUGAUCUCAAACCAUGAAAAUUUCAAAAAA